CUGCUCACACAUCCCGCACUCCAGUAAAGCAACGUGCAUCCCCGGGCUGGAGAGUGUGGAAGGCUACAAAGCUGCAACAAGCUUGCUUUGGAGAUUUACAAGAAAUUUAAUUUCACAAGGGGCAUGUAACAACUAAGGUGCAUAUCCUGAUGGCAGAGAAUCACUGAGCGAAGUGUCUUAGUCACCAUGCACAUUGUGUUACUGUGCUGAAAUAAACAUGAUGAAAACAGAAGCUUCAGGAGAAAGAUCAAACCUUCGGAGUGCCUCACCCCACAGGAAUGCCUACAGAACUGAAUUUCAGGCCCUGAAAAACACCUUUGAUAAGCCAAAAUCUGAUGGAGAAGAAAAGACAAAAAAUGAGGGAGAAGCUCCUCAAACCCAACAAACUAGGGGGAGGAGGUAUGGAUCAAAUGUCAACAGGAUCAAAAAUCUUUUUAUGCAGAUGGGAAAGGAACCAGGUGACAACAAUGGAGUUGUUACAAAGCAAAAGCCGAAGGGUACACCACCAUCACCUCAAAGAAAAGCCAAACCAAGGGACAAAAAAGAAGAAGCCUCUAAUGUAAAAAUGAAGGCCACUAUUUCAGAAAGGAUCAGUCGUUUUGAUUCUAUUGAUGGUCCUUCUUAUUCUAAGUUUACUGAAACCCGAAAGAUGUUUGAGCUCAAUAUUAAUGAUACAGGACAUUCGGGGCGCCUUUCUACAAGGAAAGAGAGAAGGGACUCCAAUGAUUUUUUGGAUGAAGGCCGUGGAAGUAAAUCUAAUAGGGGUAGCAGUGAUUCAUUGGACAGCCUCAGUUCAAGGACAGAGGCGUUGUCACCAACAGUGAGUCAGCUAAGUGCAGUGUUUGAAAAUAGUGAUUCACUAAAUACAACCAUUUUGGAGAAAUCUGAAAACAAUGAAGGGUAUUCUGUUACUGGUCACUAUCCAAUGAAUAUCACCCCUCCCCCUGUAACCGAUUAUGAUGGUUUUAUACAACCAAAAGACCCUAAUUCUUGGACACCACCAAGGGAAACUGACACAGAUUCAUGUGUUGACUCUUUAACACAUCAAAGAAACCAAUCAGUUUCAAGAGAUACAGCUACAUAUUCUUCCAUGAUGACAAAAGAAAUGAAAAAAGAAAAAAGUGUAGGCUGCAGCACUUCUAAUGAUAUUAUGGUGUCCAAGAAUGAACUUCUUGAAAGGGAUGAUGAUGGAGUAAAAGAUGGACCACAUAUUAAGCAAGUAGUGAAAAAAGUUGAAAAUAGCACUCAAAGAAAUGAUUUAUCGGAAGAUUCUGCUAAUGCAUUUGAUAGGACUAAAUUAGGGGAGACACACAUAAAUUCUGAGAACAAUGACACCUAUUCUUCUGAAAGAACCUCUGGUGCACCUACUUUAAAUGUUGGUACAAGUAUGAGUGGAGACAUUGGUGACAACAAUACAUUUUCAACCUCUCUGAGCUAUGAACACUCUGACUAUAACGUUUACAGAGUGCGGUCAAGGUAUAACACAGAAUGGGAAGAGGCAGAUCAAGAUGAGGAUGAUGAUGAUAGUGAUGACAAUAAAUGUUACGAGCCAGAUAUGGAGUUCUGUGAGGUUCCUGGAUUGCCAGAAGAAGACGAAGUUCCACAACAAAGAAAAAUUAAGUUUAGUAAUGCUCCAAUCAAAGUAUUCAACACAUACUCCAAUGAAGAUUAUGACAGAAGAAACGAGGAAGUAGACCCAGUAGCAGCUUCUGCAGAAUAUGAACUUGAAAAACGUGUAGAAAAGCUAGAUUUAUUCCCAGUGGACCUAGAAAAAGAUGAAGAAGGCCUUGGUGUCAGUAUUAUUGGAAUGGGAGUUGGAGCAGACACAGGUCUGGAAAAACUUGGGAUAUUUGUUAAAACAGUCACGGAAGGAGGGGCAGCACAGAGAGAUGGAAGAAUCCUAGUCAAUGACCAAAUUAUAGAAGUGGAUGGAAUAAGCCUGGUUGGGGUUACACAGAAUUUUGCAGCAACUGUUCUUAGAAACACCAAAGGGAAAGUCAGAUUUAUAAUAGGACGUGAAAAGCCCGGACAGUUAAGUGAGGUGGCGCAGCUGAUCAGCCAGACUCUUGAGCAAGAGCGUCGUCAGAGAGAAAUGAUGGAACAGCAUUAUGCACAAUACGAUGCUGAUGAUGACGAGACAGGAGAAUAUGCUACAGAUGAAGAAGAAGAAGAUAUGGGUCCUGUCAUUCCGGGAAGAGAAAUGGCUAUUGAAGUUUUUGAUCUUCCAGAAAAUGAUGAAAUGUUUUCUUCAGACUUGGAUGCAACAAAGCUAGCACACAAAUUCAAAGAGUUACAGAUUAAGCAUGCGGUCACCGAAGCUGAGAUUCAGAAGUUAAAGACGAAGCUGCUGACAGCAGAGAAUGAGAAAGUGAGGUGGGAGCGUGAGAAGACACAGCUUCAGCAAAACAUUGAAGAGAACAAAGAUAGGAUGAUGAAGUUGGAAAGCUAUUGGAUCGAAGCUCAGACCCUGUGCCAUACUGUGAAUGAGCAUCUGAAAGAGACACAAAGUCAGUAUCAGGCUCUGGAGAAAAAAUACAACAAGGCAAAGAAGUUAAUCAAAGACUUCCAACAAAAGGAGCUUGACUUCAUGAAACGCCAGGAAGCUGAAAAGAAAAAAAUUGAAGACAUGGAGAAAAUUCAUCUCGCUGAAGUUCAGAGUCUGCAGUCUCGCAUAAGGGAACUUGAAGCAGAAGUGUUUAGGCUCUUGAAGCAAAAUGGAAGUCAAGUUAACAAUAACAACAACAUAUUUGAAAGCAGGACAUGUGUUGGAGAAGACUCAAGUGGCAUUUCUGCGGAAAACACUGAGGAAAUGCACGAAACCUGCUUGGAUGACUUGAAGGAAGAAGGAGCAAUGAAAGGAGGAGAUCCUGAUGAUGUUUUUGAUUUUAAUGAAGCAGUUCCUGAAACAGAAAGGCUGGAUUCCAAAGCCCUGAAAACACGAGCACAGCUCCUUGUGAAGAGCAAACGCCAAAAACCAUCCAGGACUAGAUUAUGCGACAGCAUCAGCUCCACGGAUGGGGAAGACAGCAUUGAAAGGAAGCUAUCAGACAGUUUUGGUAGUCCAAACCAUAUUCCAUUGUCACCACUUUCCAUGUCCAUGAGAACCUGCUCAACAGCAUCAGAUUCUGGUGCCUCUUCCUUUUCCCCAAUGGCUAGCAGUCCUGCCUUAUCAUUUGAUCUUGUUGCCGACAACCAGGAGGAACAACAGCAAUAUUCAACAUGUGCUAUAUCUCAGUUUACUACGGGAGAUGUGUCAGUAGCCUCUCCCAACCACCAUGACACUGCCAACACGUCUGACUACUGUGACAAAGAUUGUGCCCCAGAUUCUCACUCACUAAGGGCAGGGAGCCCCAGUAUAGGGCAUGAAGGCCAAAUAAAUGGAAAAGCUGAGGACAUCAGGAUCUCCCAAGCAACAGUAGAUGUGACGAGCGAUAACACAGCUGUAGGGGAGCAUUCAUCAUCCACACCCCUUUCAUCACACCAUGGGCUUGGCAUUAGCAACAUGGAAUCAGAUCCUUCCAUCAACCUCUCAUCUGCUGCUAGCACCACUGACAAUCCUUCUGAAAAUCCUGCCCAAUGAGAAAGGUUUGAGUGGCGGGACAUUCCUUUGCCAAUGACAUACACCAGUAAUUUUGAAGACGAUCAGUACAUUAUUUGUCAAAUUGCACUGCUUUCUGUGUACAUUAAGCAUCAUGGUUUUGCUGAGAUUUUGCAGACAAAUUGAAAGUGGUGUUUCCUCUCCUCUGUGCUGUGAUUUGGAGAUUUGAAUUGUAAGAUUUGUAUGAUAAUAUGAGCUCGGAAUAUGUAAAAUAUUUUUAAAGUUCAAUGGGAAUUAUUUUAAUAUUUAUAUGUUUUCUGCAUUUAAAAUGAUUAAGGGAUCUGAUACCUGAAGUAGUAAUGGAGUUAUUUGGACCUUACACAUUUUAAAAAGUUUACCAUGUAUUUUGUUUUUUUAAUGCUGUAUUCUAUGUAUAUUUUGGGAUUUAAAUUUUUGACACACAACAGAGCAUAGGCAGCAGCCAUUUGGCGCAUACGCACUGUGCAUGUGCAUUUCACGAUGCUCGGGUCAAAUAACUCCAUUAUUGUUUUGCGUAUUAUGCACCUUUAAGCACAGAUCUUUUCUUGCUUUAAAAGCAACGUAUUUUGGGAAAUAUCAGUUUUCCUAGGACAAAUGCCUGUAUUCAUCAAGCUGCAAAUAAAUACAAAAUUAAGACAAUGAAAUUAUUUACAUUCUUUACACAGUGUAACUAAUUUGGCAGUAUUACUGUUUUAAUAGAUACUGAUAUAUAAUUAAUAUUUUCAGAAAAAAAAUAUUUGAGUUUAUUUAAUAUUGUGAAAUGUUUUAUUUUUAAACUGGAAGAGGACAACAUAUAAAAGACAUUACACUGUGUAUGAUAGUUAAUGUUAUUAUUUGGCUAAUAAGGACACAUAUGCUACCAAAUGGGGUAAAAUAUAUAUUUUAUAUAUUAUAGGUUUUGGGGUUUGUUAUAAGGUUUUAGAGUUUAUAUGGCUCACUGCACAACAAAGAUCCCUUAAAGGGACAUAAAAUUGCAAUAAGAAUUUGCUGCAAUGCAUUAGAACAGUUUCAUUAUGUGCUAUUAUUUGUAUGUAAUUAUGUGUUUAACCCCAGCAAACAGUUAAGCUCAGUUCUGUAGAGGAAAUGCAUUUGAUGUUCCGGAGCUUAGCACGGCCAGUGAGACAUUCACAAUAUAUGUGCGUGUAGCCGCCAAUCACCUGAAUUUAUUUCUGGAGCAGAAGUGCAUCUCCACCUAGAGGUUAAACACAGUCAUAUGCAAGCAAUAUGGCUAUACAAAUAUUUGUAAAAAUGACAGCAUUUUCUCUUAUGUAAUAAUCUGUGGUUUACCACAGAUUAUUGAAUUUACAUUAUUAAACUGAAGGAAAAAGAACAGCAGAGACAGGCUCUCACAUUACUAUAUAAUGUUAAAAAAACUAAUGAACAAAUACAUUUAAUGCACAUACUCCGAUAUCAGUAACUGAGGGCUAGAUGCUAAGCACUGUUAAUUUAAGAAUAUCCUACUCCCAUCUACUCUAACUAUUAAUGUAUUUAUUAUAUAACCUAUGUAGCCCAACACAUUAAACAAAGCAGAACACACUCCCAGUCUCUGCGCCACAGGUUUACUGGUUGCCAGCGUGCAUGUGUGACCCAUCUAACAGUGCACUAAACAGGUGAAGCAGACAUCUGUUAAGGGGUGAUUAAUACGGUUCCUGAUUGGUUCUACCACCCGUUGACAGUUUAGUUAUUAAAGCUCCUAAAGCAGAUGUACAGCUGGCUGCAUAAGUAAUCAGGCACCUUAGAACAUGAUUUAUGUAUAAUUCUACUAAAAUCUUUGAAGCUGCUGUUUUCAUUGCAGUGUAAACCUGUAUUACAUGUUCUGUCACAUUAACUGCACUGAGCAGAAUCUAAAUUAAUAACAUUGAAAUAACACAUGUUUAAAGAGCCAAGAUGUACAAUAUGAAAGAGGCCAAAAUAGUCAAGGCUGUUGGAAAAUCCAAACAGCUAAAAAAUGUUUUAUGGUAAACAUAACAUUAACUUGAAAGAAAGAUGGUGAAGUUUAAGUCACUUGAAAACCAUUUGAUUUCUAAUAGAUUGAACUUGACAACCCUUGCAAAGGACCUUUGCACCACUCUUUCAGUUGAUUUCAAUGGACUCUAAUGUAAUUUUAUGGUAAUAAACAUUUAAAUAUGAUACACAAAAAUGAUUAUCAUCAUUCGAAUCUUAGAGACAUUCACCAAUCCUAUUUCCGAUCUUCAUUUUUCUUUCCGCUCCCGGAAUGCACAUGAGCUUUGUAACAACUAAAACCAAGAAGCUGCUAUUUGUUUAGUUUAAAUCCCAUGUCAUCUUUCUUCUGGCUAUUAUACAGGGAGUGCAGAAUUAUUAGGCAAGUUGUAUUUUUGAGGAUUAAUUGUAUUAUUGAACAACAACCAUGUUCUCAAUGAACCAAAAAAACUCAUUAAUAUCAAAGCUGAAUAGUGUUGGAAGUAGUUUUUAGUUUGUUUUUAGUUAUAGCUAUUUUAGGGGGAUAUCUGUGUGUGCAGGUGACUAUUACUGUGCAUAAUUAUUAGGCAACUUAACAAAAAACAAAUAUAUACCCAUUUCAAUUAUUUAUUUUAACCAGUGAAACCAAUAUAACAUCUCAACAUUCACAAAUAUACAUUUCUGACAUUCAAAAACAAAACAAAAACAAAUCAGUGACCAAUAUAGCCACCUUUCUUUGCAGGGACACUCAAAAGCCUGCCAUCCAUGGAUUCUGUCAGUGUUUUGAUCUGUUCACCAUCAACAUUACAUGCAGCAGCAACCACAGCCUCCCAGACACUGUUCAGAGAGGUGUACUGUUUUCCCUCCUUGUAAAUCUCACAUUUGAUGAUGGACCACAGGUUCUCAAUGGGGUUCAGAUCAGGUGAACAAGGAGGCCAUGUCAUUAGA